AUGCCUCAAAGUUUCGUCUUCAACACAGUCUUGACGCUAUGGCUGAUUUUGACGAUUGCUUUCGUUUUGUCGCAAGUUGUACUGUUCUUCCAUCUUCAACCACUCGGUCUACCAAAGGGUCAGGAUCAUUUUUCCAUACAUGUCCAUUCCAGUUUCGAUUCUUCCCAGUAUGAACGAUCAUGUCGAGACUUGUUUGGAGUCGAUGCCAUCAAAAAGACACAUGAAGGCAGGUGUCUCGAACAUUCCGUGCUGAAAUGGAUUUCCUGUAAUAUUGGUCCUAUCUCGAUCGACACGUCCAAGAUUGAAGGUGCGUUGGGAGGAGAACCGAUUCAAAAUGUCUUGAACAGAAAGGUCGAAGAUGAGUUUCUCAACUUCACAACUGGCUCAUUACACUUAUUGGAACACCCCUUGUUCGAGGAUCUCUCGUCACAAGUUGUCGAUCCAAUAAUCGCAUCAUUUUUGCAUUCAUCGGUUUUGACCAGACCAAUCGGCGUCCAAAGCAUUUCUGUAGGGAAAAUGAUGUCUGGUACAACACUGUUGGUUCGGCGUGGCUCGUAUGCAAACCCAUGCAUGGCAAUCAUUUCAAUGUAUAAUGUAUUUGUAGUCCAAAGGUUACUUGUGGACAACUUAGAGAAGAGGACUAAAAUUAUAUGGUUAGAUGGUCAUGCAUUCAACAAAAAUCUGGAUGAAGUUUGGGAGCACCUCUUUCAAACAAAGCCAAUCCAUGUCAAGCAACUGAGUGAUUCGCAGAGCAAGAUGGACAAUGCACUAGUAGUUAAUACCGUAUCUGCUAUGGGUGAUGAAGGGCUAGGGAUAUAUGGGUGGGAAACAGGUGUCCCUGGUUCAACAAGUGAUCCAGCUUUGUGCUCAAACUCAACCUUGCGGAUGUUUCGAGAUUUUGUAUUUGAAAGAUAUGACAUAAACCAAAGAACAAAAAGCGUUGGUGUUUCAUCUUGCCGCUUGACUCUACUAUUUCGCAAGCACCAUUUUGCACACCCACGGUCGACUGGACGAACGGAUAGAGUGCUGGCAAAUCUAACUGAUGACAUUGACUACAUUCAGGCAGAAUACCCUGACUGUAAGGUGACUCCAGCUUCAUUUGAAGAUAUUUCUUUUCAAGAGCAGCUGAAGAUCACUUCGCAGAGUGAUGUCUUUGUGUCGGUCCAUGGAGCUGGCAACAUUCACGUGCUAUUCCUACCACCACAUGCGAAGAUAGUGGAGUUCUUUCCCAAAGGAUUCACUCGCAGGCUGAGGUUUCAGUAUCUUGCUGAAUGUCUGGGAAUAUCAUACGACGCGAGGAAAGCCAAAAUAGUGGAAAGGUUUGACGACAACAAGAUUUCAGUUCGACUUAGACCACAAAUUUGA